UGGCGGUGUGCGAGGGACGUGCAGCUGCCGUGCACCACUUCUCGUCAGCUACGGGAUCCAUAUGCUUGUCAAGGCAAGGCUUAACAAAGCAAUGGGAACUUCACCGAGCGUGCUGCUAAGAGUCUAAAACACACCAGCAACUAAACCCGUAUAAACGGAACCACAAAAAUCAUUCGCCUUGCCCGGUGGUGGGAAGCCUGUCAACUCUGGAAAAAGCAGCGAUGGACCCGAGAGACACAGCCCCGGAUUCGUGGGAGCUGGAAGAGGAUGCCGAGGCCCCUGCUGCCGCGGCGGGACUCCCAACCGCCUUCGCCGCCCUUAACGUCAACGCCAAGCCGUUUGUCCCCAACGUUAACGCCCCGGUGUUUGUACCAAGCUUCCUUCAAGCCAGCGCUGUGGAAAUGCCGGCUUCAGAUGGUACCCCUGAUCCAGCUGCCAGUAUGGAGGUGUCAGAAACAGUCGCUCCAGUGGAGAAUGGAAGCACAGAGGCAGACAUGCCCACAGAGGAAGAGACGUGGGAGCAGAAGGAGGAGCCCGGGGGAGACGAAGGAGGUGGCGGACAGGAGGAUCUGGGGUCUGGGGGGACCUGUGCGGAGGAGGGAGGCGCAGCAGGGAAAGAGGACGAGGAGAUGAUGGAGGAGGAAGAGGAGGAGAUGCCCCUGCCCAAAGUGGCUCCGGCGCCACCAGACGCUCCUAAGAAAGAACACGUUAACGUGGUCUUCAUUGGUCAUGUUGAUGCCGGGAAAUCGACGAUCGGAGGACAGAUCAUGUACUUAACUGGAAUGGUGGACAAACGAACCCUGGAGAAAUAUGAAAGAGAAGCUAAAGAAAAAAACAGGGAGACAUGGUACCUGUCGUGGGCUCUGGACACAAAUCAGGAGGAGAGAGACAAAGGGAAGACGGUCGAGGUUGGAAGAGCUUACUUCGAGACGGAGAAAAAACACUUCACCAUCCUCGAUGCCCCCGGACACAAGAGCUUUGUCCCCAACAUGAUCGGUGGGGCGUCACAAGCUGACCUGGCAGUCCUGGUGAUUUCAGCAAGAAAGGGCGAGUUUGAGACGGGAUUCGAAAAGGGUGGGCAGACGCGGGAGCAUGCCAUGCUGGCUAAAACGGCAGGAGUUAAACAUCUCAUUGUCCUCAUCAACAAGAUGGAUGACCCCACUGUCAACUGGAGCCUAGAAAGGUAUGAGGAGUGUAAGGAGAAGCUGGUGCCAUUUCUAAAGAAGGUGGGCUUCAACCCUAAGAAGGACAUCCACUUUAUGCCUUGCUCUGGACUCACAGGUGCCAACCUCAAGGACCCUGUCUCCGAAUGCCCCUGGUACACGGGUUUGCCAUUUAUUGCCCACCUGGACAGUUUGCCAAACUUCACCAGAUCAAGUGACGGACCUGUCAGACUACCUAUCGUAGACAAAUACAAGGAUAUGGGUACUGUUAUCCUUGGAAAGCUGGAAUCCGGAUCCAUUAGUAAAGCCCAGCAGCUGGUCAUGAUGCCAAACAGGCACACAGUGGAGGUUUUGAGCCUGCUGAGUGACGAUGUGGAGACGGACGACGCAAGUCCUGGGGAGAACCUGAAGUUGCGGCUGAAGGGCAUAGAGGAGGAAGAGAUCCUUCCUGGUUUUAUCCUCUGCAGUCCCGACAACCUCUGCCACUCUGGGCGCACCUUUGAUGCGCAGAUCGUCAUCAUCGAGCACAAAUCCAUCAUUUGUCCUGGUUACAAUGCAGUCCUUCACAUCCACACCUGCAUCGAAGAAGUGCAAAUUACAGCCUUAAUCUGUCUGGUGGACAAGAAGACGGGAGAGAAAAGCAAAACACGACCACGCUUUGUGAAGCAGGACCAGGUUUGUAUCGCCAGGCUCCGGGCAGCAGGAGUCAUCUGCUUAGAGACCUUCAAAGACUUCCCUCAGAUGGGGCGAUUCACACUGAGAGACGAAGGCAAAACAAUCGCCAUUGGCAAAGUGCUGAAGCUGGUGCCAGAAAAGGACUAAAUGCAACAAUGGCAGCAUGCAUGGAGUUCUUCCACUCGUUCCCAGAGGAGAAACGCUGCUAGAGCCGACCCAAACAGCUACUCUCUCUUUACACACAACUAUGCUGAAGAGAUGAACAACGACAAAAAAGGAGGGAAGAAUAAAAUCAUGUCAAAUGAAGAAAACAUGACUGAAUCAGUUUUUAUGAUGAACCAUAUGAAAUGAGAGACCAAGUCCAGUGUGUCAGCUUUCUCAUAUUGAGAGCUCAGCUAUGCCACUAAUGUAGCUACAUGCCCCGCCCCUUUCUGUACUCCCAGGCCUGACCGUACGGUCUGCUGGCCGCGCCAUUUGUUUUUUGAAUGGAGAUGGAUGCAGUGUUGUUGAGUUUGGGGAAGGAAAAAAACAACAACAAAAACAAAUAAAGUCCAGAAUGAUUUCAUAUCCUGCAAAAAGAGCAGAGUUAGCCUAUAAUUAUCAUUUGCUAAGUGCUUCUCCCAUCUCAAGAGCAGGAUUUAGAGUCCAGAGAGGACAUUUUUAUUUGAUUUUAAGGAUUGCUGUGCCAGAGUCUUUAGUUUGGUCUCUCUCCACAUGAGAUGGUUUAAUUGGACUGAGCUCACAUACUACUCUGAUGAACCAAGGAUAAACACACUCACACGGACAGACCCACACAGCUGUUACAUAAUCGAAAUGGAAAAUAAAAGAUAAAGCUGUAACUUAAA